CCAGCAUUGAGACCAUCUGCAACUUCACAGUGUUCGGGGUUUUCCUUCUAUUUAAGGUGUCUAACCCCUCUUUUUCCCCUGACUGAACCAACUUGUAAUAUCGACAAAGGGUUGCGAUGCAGGCGAGCCUUUGGAACCUGGUAAACACGUCCGUUCGGCCGGCAUGCGUCAAACGAGUUGUAAACCCAGUACUCUCGGUCGCUCAGCAGCGAAGGUAUGCCAGCUCGAUCGAUGCUGACGUAGUAGUGAUUGGAUCAGGUCCUGGAGGAUAUGUAGCAGCUAUAAAGGCCGCCCAAUUGGGCAUGAAGACUGUGUGUGUGGAAAAGGACCCAACGCUCGGUGGAACCUGCCUCAACGUUGGAUGUAUUCCAUCAAAGUCUCUCCUUAACAAUUCUCACUAUUAUCAUAUGGCACACAGUGGAGAUUUGAAGGAUCGUGGAAUCGUAGUCGAGAAUGUCAAGUUAGAUCUGGACCAACUCUUGCAGCAAAAAACGAACGUGGUGAAAGCCUUGACUAGCGGAAUAGCUGGACUUUUCAAAAAGAACAAAAUCGAAUGGGUUAAGGGACAUGGAAAAAUAACUGGAAAAAAUCAAGUUUCCGCACUAACACCUGACGGCAGUGUUGGUACUACCAUAAACACCAAGAAUAUUGUGAUCGCUACGGGCAGCGAAGUAACACCCUUCCCCGGUAUCGAAGUUGACGAAAAACAAAUCGUUUCAUCGACUGGCGCGUUAUCAUUAAAUCCAGUACCAAAACGAUUGAUAGUUAUUGGUGCUGGAGUCAUCGGCUUGGAGCUCGGCUCAGUCUGGCAAAGGUUGGGUUCAGAAGUAACAGCCGUCGAGUUCAUGACGUCAAUUGGUGGUGCUGGUAUUGACGGAGAAGUCAGUAAAACUUUACAAAAAAUAUUGGGAAAACAGGGUCUGAAAUUCAAGUUGGGAACCAAAGUUACCGGAGCAACAAAAACCGGUGGCGAAAUCAAAGUUUCGAUCGAAGACGCCAAGGAUCCGAGCAAAAAGGAAGAAUUGGGUUGUGACGUGCUGCUCGUCUGCGUCGGCAGAAGGCCAUACACGAACAAUCUCGGCCUUGAAGAUAUUGGUAUUGAAAGGGACGAAAAAGGCAGGAUCCCAGUUAACAAUCGGUUCCAAACUGUCAUACCAAACAUCUACGCCAUCGGAGAUUGCAUCCAUGGACCUAUGUUGGCGCACAAAGCCGAAGACGAAGGCAUCAUCACGGUAGAAGGCAUCGCCGGAGGCGCUGUUCACAUCGACUACAACUGCGUACCAAGUGUCGUUUACACGCAUCCCGAAGUCGGUUGGGUCGGCAAAACCGAGGAGGAUCUGAAGAAAGAAGGCAUCGAUUACAAAGUAGGGAAAUUCCCAUACCUAGCCAAUUCUAGGGCUAAGACCAAUAUGGAAACGGACGGUUUCGCCAAGGUGUUGGCAGACAGUAACACUGAUAAGAUUUUGGGUGUUCAUCUUGUUGGACCGUCCGCUGGAGAGCUGAUUAACGAGGCUGUUUUGGCGAUGGAAUACGGCGCGAGUGCUGAAGACGUCGCGAGAGUCUGUCACGCCCAUCCGACGUGCUCCGAGGCUCUCAGAGAGGCUCAUCUCGCGGCGUACUUCGGCAAGCCUAUUAAUUUCUAAGAAAUAUUACACGGCGAUAGUCCGAAGCGUUGUGAAGAAAGAUCGUGAACGCCCCACUUGGGUAGUUCAAGUUGUAAUAAUAUCGUGUAAGCAAGUCGUAAUUAGCUAAAAGGCAAUACCGUCAGAUGAAAGAAGCAAUGAGAAGACGAAAAAACACCAAGCAAAAUAAAACAAGGUUGUAAAUAAAGUAAAUAUCGUUACGCAAUGCGGGAUCCCGGGGAUUCCGAUUACGAUAACCGACAGUUCUAUUACUAACGUAAUAUCACACGAACCCCCAUGUAUUUAUUAAAAUAUCAAACAAUAAAACCCUAUCUGCUUUUGCGAGCAAGUGGAAACCGUA